CAUAUCUGCUAGCUGAGAACAGAGCAAUAUGAGUGCUCUUUUGUCCCUGCUCUCCUUUCUUCUGCUGAUGAUGACCGGAGAAGGGAGAAAUUUGUUGAGUGCAGAGACAGGGGUGGUGACGUUACCAGGGCCGAUAGCUGACGUGGCGGCGUACUGGAAAACAAUGCUUCCCAAUUCUCCAAUCCCAUCAGCCAUACUCGAUCUCUUGACGCCUCCUUCCGCUGAGAAGAAUGUCUCGUUUUUUCACUAUGGCAACAAAGAAGAUGGUUACCAAUAUGGUCAUAAAAAAGAUAGUUACAACUAUAGCAGUAAAGAAGCUGGUUACAACUAUGGCAAGAAAAAAGAUGGUUACCAAUAUGGCAAGAAAGAAGAUGGCUAUAACUAUAGCAACAAAGAAGCUGGUUACAACUAUGGCAAGAAAGAAAAUGGUUACCAAUAUGGCAAGAAAGAAGAUGGCUAUAACUAUGGCAACAAAGACGCUGGUUACAACUAUGGCAAGAAAGAAGAUGGUUACCAAUAUGGCAAGAAAGAAGAUGGCUAUAACUAUGGCAACAAAGACGCUGGUUACAACUAUGGCAAGAAAGAAGAUGGUUACCAAUAUGGCAAGAAAGAAGAUGGCUAUAACUAUGACAACAAAGACGCUGGUUACAACUAUGGUAAGAAAGAAGAUGGUUACCAAUAUGGCAAGAAAGAAGAUGGCUAUAACUAUGACAACAAAGAAGCUGGUUACAACUAUGGCAAGAAAGAAGAUGGUUACCAAUAUGGCAAGAAAGAAGAUGGCUAUAACUAUGGCAACAAAGAAGCUGGUUACAACUAUGGCAAGAAAGAAGAUGUUUACCAAUAUAGCAAUAAAGAAGAUGGUUAUAAAUAUGAUAACAAAGACGCUGGUUACAACUAUGGCAAGAAAGAAGAUGGUUAUAACUAUGGCAACCAAAAACUUAGACAUGAUCAUGUUUAUCUAGACAAGAAGAAACUUUCAAGUUACAACUAUGACAAACAAGAAGAAGGUUACAACUACGGACACCCAAUACAUGGGCAUGGUCAUGUCCACCUAGCAAAGAAGAAAAUGUCAAGCUAUAACUAUGGUAGUUCAACAGGUGGGCAUGAUCACAUUCACCAUGACGGCCACAACCACAUGGUAUUUGGGGAGGAACUCUUGACCCCCGGUUCGACAUUUACCCCUUACAUCAUGCCGGCUUCCGCUCGAGGCCCUUUCCUGCGCCGUGAUGUUGCGGAGUCCGUUCCGAUGUCCACCAAGAACUUCACCGACAUCCUCAAGCUGUUCGCGCCGGUGUCCUCCGCCAUGGCCGGCGGCAUAUGGGGCACGCUGGCCAUGUGCGAGCGUCCUGGCUACCCCGUCAGGGGAGAGCGGCGGGCCUGCGCCAGGUCCGUCGAGUCGCUGGUCGAGCUAGCCAUGUCCGUGCUCGGGACGCGAGACCUGCGGGCCUUCUCCUCCUCCGAAGUGCCGGAGGAAGGCAUCGACGGCACCACCACGGGCAUGCCCAGAAGGAGGUACAGCGUGGUGUCGGUGAAGACGGUGACGAGCUCGCAGGAGAGCAUGACCUGCCAUGGCGUGAAGUUCGCGCACGCGGUGUUCUACUGCCACGCGAUUAACCCGACGAGGUCCUACGAGGUGACGCUGCUGCAGCAGGAGGAAGGCGACGGCGACGAAAAUAGAGAAGUGCUGAUUAGGGCUCUGGCUGUGUGCCACCUUGACACAUCGGAGUUUGACCCGAAGAAGAUGCCGGCAAAUCUCAGGCCCGGCGAGGGCGCCGCGUGCCACUUCAUCAGCAGGGACAGCAUCAUCUGGGCGCCUGCUGAUCAUGCUAGUGCACAGCAACAAGCCACAGCAGCAGAGCAGUAGAAGCAUGCAUGUCUAUGUAACACUAAAUAAAUAAAAUGGUGCCAUGCACCUGCUCAUGCACCUGCUUGGCCGGUGUGUUAGUGUUGGCUAUGACAAAAAUAAGGAAGCUUAAUUAUGGAUCUGUCAUGUACUGGGCCAGCGCGCUUUACCAUGCGUGCACUUGUAAUAUAUCAAAUGCAGUGUGUUUGUGUUUU